GGAACUUAGGUGUGUGGUUGAGUGUGGUGCUGGUGGCCUGUGGUGGUAGCAAGACCCAAGAGUUUUGGUUGUGUAACUGCUGUAACACUAUUGCUGGGGCCAUAUAGUACAGUAUUGUGUUCUGUGCUUGCUCUGCAUCUGGAUCUCAAAAUAGCAUAAGCACAAGUCAAUAUGGCUGGCCAGCUUGGGACUGUUGUUGUUGAUUUGUGUUUUGGCCCUCAACACAGCAUCAUAAUGGAGCGCAGCGGUCGAGUGGAUACAGCACUUGCCUCCUGUUCUGGGGAUCAGUGGUUUGAUUCCCGGGUGCUUCCAGUUCACCCAGCUGUAAAUGGGUACAGGAGGAGGUACUGGAUUUAUAGGAACAGCUCUGUGCAACAGCUUAAGACAUCGAGGUUAUGAUGUAUUGGCUGUGUCCAGAAAACCUGGUCCUUACAGAAUCACUUGGAGUGACUUCAGUAAUAAAGGUUUGCCAGAUUCUACCACAGCAGUAGUCAGUCUCGCAGGUCAAAAUGUUUUGGAUCCUGUGCGACGAUGGACUGAAGGAUUUAAACAGAAUGUUUGGGCAUCACGUGUCAACACAACAAAGUACUUAGCUGAGGCCAUUCAGCACUCUAGCACGAAACCCAAGGUGUUCGUUUCAGCAUCAGGAGUUGGUUACUACCCACCAAGCCAAGAUGAGGUAUUUACUGAGGAUGGUCCUGGUGGGGACUUUGAUUUUUUGUCUCGUCUCUGUUCUGACUGGGAAAGUGCAGCAGACCUUCCAUCUGAUCUUGGUGUAAGAACUGUCAAGAUAAGAACAGGAGUGGUUCUUGGUCGACAAGGUGGAAUGGUUCAGCAGCUCAUCUUGCCUUUUUAUAUGGGCUUUGGGGGACCAGUAGGAAGUGGUAAUCAGUCAAUGCCUUGGAUCCAUAUUCAAGAUAUAGUUGGUCUUUUUAUUCAUGCAAUUGAGAAAGAAAAUGUUAUUGGAAUUGUCAAUGGAGUUGCUCCACAGAUUAUAACAAACCGAGAAUUUGCUACAGCUUUUGGAAAAGCUCUUAGGAGACCAUCUUUUGUACCCUUACCCACUUUUGCAGUAAACUUACUAUUCAAUGAAGAACGGGGUAAAAUUAUGACUGAAGGACAGAAAGUAACCCCCAAAAAAGCCCUUGAAACUGGAUAUUCAUUUAAGUACCCAAAUAUUACAUCAGCAGCAAAGGAAUUCUCAAAACUUAUAUAUGCAGAUGAACAAUAUAUUUAAGCUUAGGACAGGUUACGUAAAGAAACAUUAAGGGCUGUUUUAGUUCAGCCUUCCACCUCACAUUUUGGAAAAAAGAGCAUUAUUAACACUGCAGUUAGGUCAAGUAAUUAUAUUUUUAUAUAAUGUAGGCCUAUACUAUAGCCACUUUGCUGCAGACAUCCUUUAGUUUUAAUCUAAAGCUGCAUUGACUUAUAGAAAAAGAAUAUGUUUUUAAACUGUGUAAAGUAACUGAGCUUAGUAUAACCACCUAGAGCAGUUAUGAAUUGUUUGUGGUAAGCUUAACUGUUGACCUUGAGUUUCAUAACUCAUUGGUAUCACAUCCUAUGUAUGACACGUACAGGUUUUUAUUAUUCAUGCUAAAUUAGGUGUAGUUUAUGACCUCUGCAUUUGUAUUGAGAAAAAACAAAAAACUAUACUAUAGCACUCUUAUUACACCCAAGAAACCACAUCUUAAGACUUGUCCAAGUGCCUAUUUUAACUUCACCAGCCCAUCUUCCCUCGCAUUCAUUCAGUUCUGUAUCUGUUCAUCAGUGAAACUUGUCCAUGCUGUUUAUCUCGACUGGUAAAUUUUCUCAACAUCUUUCCAAAAACAAGUCUUUCUUCCAUGCAAAUUGCUUUCACAUUCCAUAUACAAGUACUAUAUUGAGUAAUUAUUUCCUAUUCACCCAUGGCUUUCAAAAGGCCUCGAUGUCAUGCAUUACUGUACUUUACUCACCUCAAUUGAUGUUCCUUAUUGCUCCUAAAUGGCAGAGGUAAUCCAAUAGCCAAUGAAUACUAAGAAUCAGUAUCAAAUUUGGGUAAUUCAGUUCUGUGUGUUUUAUUAAAUGUUUUCUGUACAUCUUUAACAUUACGUACUUUAAAGCCUUGUCGUCAAAUUUUGUGUUCGAUAAAACUAUUGUGAAUGAUAAGAAAUCUGUUAGCUCUUUCACUUAAGAUAUAUAACAAAAAUAUAAAAGAAUUUUGGAAUCACACAAAUUGUAUACUAGUCAAUUUGUCUUAUAGUACAGUAUACAGGUACAGUACUCUCAAUUUAACGGAAUCCGAUAUAGUGUACUGUACUCUCGAUUUAGCGAAAGGUAUUUUUUUCCCUUAAUUUUUGCUCGAUUUAGUAAACUAGUUCGCUAGAUUGAGACACCUCAGACACAUGAUACAGUAAAACCUACUUCAGCCUACAGCGAAUGUACUAAAUGUAUAAAAAUGAUAAAUAAUGAUAUAGUGUAAAAGGGACCAUAUAAGAUGCACCCCCACUUUUGCAGGGAGUAAUUAAGAAAAGAAAACAUGUGUAUUUUCCUCCUGUAGCCACAAUUUUCUUAAUAUAUGCAGUACCAGGAAAUAUGAGGAAUAAAUAAAAUAAUACCAAUAAAAAAUACUGUACAGUAUUGCCAAAUCAGUAAAUAAAAACCAAGUGAAAGUUUAACACAGUCACCAUUUGCGUACACUCCCUGUUUCACCAUAGUAACGAAGACCAGCUGUGAUGCCGAUUCCCUAGCAAUGCUCCCCGCCCCCCAUACACCAAGGAUUUCAUCCUCCAAUUUAAUGUACUCUUUGCUGAAUCACCCUGUAUAUACAGUAUAUAUACACUUCUCGCUAUUGCAUUAUGCACGAGGUGGCCAACGGGAAGUGAUCUUCGCUGAAGUGUCUCACACCCCUCCACACCAGCCAGCUGGGACUGAGGCAGGCAUUGUACGUCUGGCAGCGAAGGGAGACUCGAGGACCAGUCAGCCAGCGAUAAAAAAGUUCACCAGUUGCCCGCAUAAAUUUUGUGACUGAAGAUUUAUGAGUUUAACCCCCCCCGACAGCCCCUAUUUAUUGCCACAACGCCCGUUGUUUCUUUGCCUUUUUUACCACAAUGGGCAAGAGGAAAGAUUUAACAAAAGAGCAGAUAGUGUCAAUUAUUAGUCUGCAUAAGGGCAAGAAACCUGUAAAGGAAAUAUCAAGAAUUCUUGGUGUAAGUGAAUGAUCAGCUCAGAUUUGGAUUAAACGAUUUCGAGAUGACGGCGGGUUGGCAAUACCAGUACACAGCGGACGGCCAGGGAAGGCUCGGAAAACUUCCCAAGGCACGUUAACUGUUCUUAAAGAGGCAACUUGAUGCUAAUUCACGUCUGUCUGCACGGGAAAUGAAAGAAAAAACCCUGUACUUCUAGGUUAUGUUUCUGUAAGGACCGUUCACCGCCACAUUCAUGACGACCUGUAGUAGUUAGUCACCGCGCAUGCAAGAAGCCACUCCUCAUCCUUGUCCAGAGGCAGCUUAGGAUCGCUUUUUUCCAAGGCUAACACUCAGUGGGAUACGACCAAGUGGCAGCAUUUGCUGUGGUGUGACAUGGCAACGUUUUCUUUUACUGGACGUCUACUUUCAAUGUGUACAGGCGCCCCGGGAGUGACUCGCUUGACCCCAAGUUCGCUUUUAGCACAGUUACUAAGCAUCCUGAGUCACUAAUGGUGUGGGGUUGCUUCUUGUACUUUGGAACUGGUGAUUUUGUUGUGCUACCUAGGAAUGUGAUGAUGAACCAAUUUAACUACUAGGAGCUGCUUUGUGAUUAUUUGCCCGGGUCUUUUGAAAAAUGCCGCGCUGAUGUGUUUAUGCAGGAUGGUACCUCAUGUCACACAGCAAAAUCUGUAAUACAAUGGCUUGUUGAUUGUCAGGCAGACCUCAUAAGUGAUUGACCAAGCAAUUUGCCUGACCUUAACCCGAUAGAAAAUAAGUGGAGCAUUAUCAAGCUUCGUCUACAAGGCAAGGACACAAAUACCGUCCCCAAGCUGGAGGCAGCGAUUUAUGAGGAGUGGAAUAAUUUAGACCCACAAAUAAUCCACAACUUGGCAGAGUCAGUUCCUUCACGCCUGCAGGAGUGUAUCAAGAGAAAAUGAAGGCCUAUUGACUACCGAAAAUUUGUUAACUUCCGAGAUUAAUAUUUCAUCUUGUUUGUGUCCGUGCGACCCCGCGCAUAAUGCAAUGGCGAGGAGUGUAUGCUGAUAACCACAUAGGAGACAAGGAAACACGAAGUUCUCAAGCGCUUUCAUGUAAUUCACACCUUCAGGGGUGAGUACAGACUAAGGAGUAAUUAUUGACAAGGCGAAUAUAUACAGUAUAGGAGAGUGAGAUGAAAUCCCUUGGGACAGCAGGUAUCCAUCAUAUUCAGGUCAUAAGGUAAUGACCCAACCCUUUCACCUGGUUACAGAUCUUGUGAAUCACAAAGUUGUCCAAUUUGUACAUGCCAUUACUCAAAUUCAUGUUGACAGAUUCGGGUAUGUUUAAUGAGAUUAGAUUCUAUAAUGUUCCUACUGACAGUUGAAUUACAAGGUAAUAUUGAGGAGGCAUUAUCCCAGUCAAUGCAAUACUUAUUAUAUCUCAUGAAUCAACAGAGCAUUGGAUUCCUGGCCUGUCCUAACACUAUUUACAUUGUUUAAGUCUAAUUAUAAGUUCUUUUCCCGUCUGGCCUAAGUAGAACAUAUUACAUUCCCCUAUCAGCAAAUGUUAUUCGUGGCCAUUUUGAAAACCUAACCCCCUCGAAUUUGAAGGGCUUACUGUACCCGUAUAUUGUUAUGUGCAGUAGAUCAUUUAAGGAAACGAAUAAAUAAAGAUGGUAAAAUUAAGAAUGUGAUUCAUGGGCAUUAAAUAUAGAUACUGUAGUAGUAUGUACUAUUUAUGGAUGAAGCUCUUCAGUUUGAAACAAGUGUUUGCCACUGCAGGUAAUCAAGUCCCUCACUGCAGGAAGUCAGAGGGGCCAUAAUUCUAAACAAUUAUAAAAAGUUUUGAUUUAAUUAUCAAAGCCACCAGAAAUCUUGUUGCGAUAUAUUUACCAACUCAGUAUGGAUACAUUUUAUUACUAUAUAUUCAAGUUAGGGAGUCAUUUUCAUUGAUGUGGGUAAGGUGAAGACUCAAAGUUUUCUUUUACAAAAAUGUAACAAUUAUCUUGAAAAGUUUUAUGGCAAGAUUUAAACAAAAUUGCUUGCAUUGUACAAUAUGUAAAUAAAAUUUACAACUAGUACUUGA